AUGUUUGAUAAUCGUACUUCUUAUUUUAAUGUUUAAGGGAAUAAAGCGAGCUUUAAGUAGAAUAUCAAGCUGUUUCAAUCAUUAAGGGCAAAAUUAUAGUAAGCAAAAUCAAAAUCCAAAGAACCAAUUAGGGGAUAACUGAAAACAUUGAAAAGAUUUGAAGAUGUUAUUGAUGAACCCUAGAUGCAAUAAAGAGCUGUAACAACUUAAAAGAAAUUGACUCAUUUAAUUGAGGAAUAAGAAUAAAGACAAGAGGAGAUAAACCCAAUGAGAUACAACCUAAUGUAAUUACUUGUAUUGAUGGGAAAAAAGGAACAUUAUUUUGAUAAAUUAGGCAAAGAUGAAUUCAAAUUAAUAAGAGUAGGUUAAAGAUCAAAGGAGAGUGUGGAUGAGCACAUUUAAAAAAUUAAAAAAUUUUUAAGCAAUAAAGUUCGUUAUAAGUAUAGAACUAGUUUUAAAAUGCAAUUCUAAAUUUAACUAGAUCUUUUGAAGUAUGUCCCAAAGAAAAAAUCAAUGACAAUUAAAAAUAGUCAAAGAGAUUAUGAGAUAGAUGAAGAUGAGGACACUUCUAAGAAGAAAAAAAUAAGUGCAAGAGGUUACUAAGAUUUUUCGAAUUGGAAGAAAAAGAACAAUGUUGCAUAAAAUCAAAAAGUUUUUAUUAUAACAAAUGGGUAUCAUGCUUUACGAGAUUCUUUAUUAGAGAGAAAUUGGGCAGAGAAUGAGGAUGCAUAUAGUCCAUUCUUUGAUCUAAAAUGGACUUGUGGAUUAAGAAGUGAUGACUUUUUAAAUUUGAUGGACUUUUAACAAAUCAAUCAUUUCGAUUCCAAUCAAUGUCUUUGUUCCAAAUUUGGUUUGGCUAGAAAUAUGAGAUGUAUACCUAAUUGGGAAUCAUUUUUUCCUAGGUGUUACGAUUUAGGUGACUUAGUUGAUUUUUCUGACUUUAUAGAAGACUUCAAAAUUUCGAAAAUCCAUAGUAUAUUAAUGGAAUUUGAUUAGAAUUAAUCUAUCAAUUAGAAUAAGAAAGUACUACCAGAACCUCAUGAAGAGACCGAACAUAAAAAUACAUUACGAUUAAAGGAUUUUAAAAAUAUUACAAUAAGAGCAAUGGAAGAGAAACCUUAGACAUUCAUAAUAAAUUUUAGAGAAAGAUUCAAAAUUCGUUUGUGCAUAAUGAUUUUAAAUAGAGUGGUUUGUUCAUUAGGUAGUAUGGUCAAAAAUAUACUGAAAGAUGAAUUUCCAUUUGUUCAUCCUGGAGAAUGGUUGCAAUUGAUGAGGGAUCCUGAAAAUGCUAAAGAUGUAUAGAUUAAUGAAUAAAUUGAAAUGAUUCUGAAAGCAAAUGGAUAUGAAGACUAAGAAGGAGAUAAAUUCAUAUAAAAAUAUGGUUCUUAAAUUAAAGAUUUGUUAAAAUAAUUAAACAGAAAUCCUUAGAAUUCAUUGCAAGGUACAAGAAAUAUUUGGAUUGUAAAGCCUGAAUAUUCAUCAAGAGGAAGAGGAAUUAAAUGUUUAGAUGAUCUAAAUUAGAUUCUGGACACUGUAAAUAAAGAAACUAUGAAUUAUGUAGCCAUGAAGUACAUAGAAAACCCUUUGAUAAUUAAGAAUAGAAAGUUCGAUAUUCGUCAAUGGGUCUUGGUUACUGAGUUGGUUCCACUCAAAAUAUAUUUUUACAAUGAAUGUUAUAUAAGAUUUUCAGCAGAAGAAUUUGACAUUGAUUAAUUUCAAAACAAGUUUGCUCAUCUUACUAAUAAUGCUAUUGCAAAGCAUUCUUAAAAGUUUUAUGAAUCAGACAUUAAAGGCAAUAUGUGGACUUAGGAGGAAUUUCAACAAUACUUAGUUGAAUAAUAUGGUUGGGAUGUCUUUGCAGAGAAAAUACAAUCUAAACUUAAGGAGAUUGUUGUUAACAGUUUAAAAUGCUGUUGUGAUUAGAUGAAAAAUAGGAGAAGAUCUUUUGAAGUAUAUGGUUAUGACUUCAUGAUUGAUGAGCAAUUUAAUACUUGGUUGAUUGAAGUCAAUAUGUCACCUUCAAGUGAUACGACAACUCCAGUGACAGCUUAAAUAAUACCUAAAAUGUUAGAAGACAUUAUGAAAGUAGUUGUAGACAAUCAGAGCAAGACAAAAAAGAAAGUUGGAGGAUUUCAAUUGAUUUAUAAUAGUGAUACUAAAUUAUAAUGA